AUGGGGUCGAUUUGGUUAAAAAUAAAUCCAGAAUUACACUACACUUCUUCAAGAACAUUUUACUCAAUUUAUAAGGCUAGAGAGAGGAAAUUAGAAAAGGCAAGAUCAGUUUUGGCAGUUAUUGUUAACAAUAAGUUUAUUUUGCAUUAUCAGGAUGAGGAUGAGGAUGAUGCAGGUGAUGAAUCACAGACUUUGCUUAUACCAUCAUUGACACCAGCAACUUCCAUUUGUACCGCUACCACCAACCAGAAGUGGGAAUCAACUCAUGCAGAGUUAAUUAAAAGGGAUUAUGAAAUUCAAGGAAUAACUAAGAAGAAAUAG